AUGAAGGCACAGCAGGAAAACUGGAGGACGGCCACAGCACCGAAUACAUUAUUUCUAACUUCAGACUUCCGGGUCCUCGAUCCAAAGAACUUUUGCGGCGAGAUCAUCAUCGAAAGAGACCGAAUGAAGGCCAUCGAAACUGCAUGUCGUGCACACCGCAUGGUCUCAACAUCGACAGACAUCACCCUCCCAAUCUUUGCCGAUGGCUCACGGCGCGGUGCUAAUGGUGCUUACGCGGUCCCGUUCAAGCACUAUGCCCCAGGCACUGAGGACCACGGCCGCAAAGUAUCGGCAGGCUGGCCUGUUUUCCACCAAACCACCAACGGCUGUGAACUACUCGCAAUCAAGCAGGCUAUCAAAGUGGCCAUCAUCGAGCUCACCACACUCGAACGACAAUUGCCGCCGGAGACCAAAGCGAAGGUUCAGGUCCAGAUUUUCGACGAUGGAAUGUUCCCCCUCGAGCAUCUGUCAGGAAUAAAGGACACCAUGCCAAAUGAGAGCGACCAUAUCUCUUCCGUUUACCGCUGGUCCCAGAGAUUCCGGGAACGGUUCGCAGGCCGCAACUCACCACUUGAGGUCAAAUUGCAGCUGCUCUGGGUCCCAGGUCAUGUCGACAAGGUGAAGCUGCAUCGCAAGGCAGAUGAGGUAGCUGGCAAAGUUUCCGAGAUUACGAUGCCACUACUUACCGUCGGCGGCGAAGAGCGACCGUGCCGUCACUGGAACUCCCAAGCGCAACCACGAGUCGCUGGAGAAGAGGGUAUCGAGGGCCACGACGACGACUAUGAACCACGCCUCGAUAAAGACUUCGAAGAGAAUGGUGUCGAGAACCAGUGGCAGCAGGGAGCUCCCAAUGACUACGACAUCCACAGCGGCGAGAGUAACCUUCUCUCUCAAGCCCAUCACAAAGGUCAGGAAAUCAGCAUGGAACAAUGGGCCUGUCAGUGCCGGGAUAUCCAGCUAUGGAACCAGUUGUCAGCAGAGUUCCAGGAAUGCUACCAAAAGUGGUACGCACUGUUUCUGCAACACCUCCAGGAAGGUGAUGCCGAUCAGGAAAUGGGCGGAAUUUGA